AUGUCUAUGCUUGGGAGCAAAGACAUCUCUCUGAACAAAAUUCAGGCUGGACUGAUGGAGGCAUUUUUUGAGAAGAGCAUCGGCUCAGUCAUUGACGCCUGGCACACACUUGGAAGAACGAUCCGAGACGCCCAAGAACUUGGCUUGCACACACGUAGGGUCUGGGAGACAAGUCCGUCUGCCGAACACGCCAUAAAGACGCCGAGGUUCCCGCUGGAGAGGAAAUUGUGGUUUGUGUUGCAUCUCUGGGACGCGCACAUGGCUGUUGUUCUCGGGAGGCCCAUGACGACAAAACUGGACUCGAGUUACGUGCCUUUGACGAGCCCGACAGUUACGCCGGCCCCGUCAGGCUUAGACGACGUAACAAUAUCUCCAUUCGACUUCAUGGUAUGCGGCUAUCACGCUGCUUACAAGUAUCUACAGGAUAUCCACGACCUUGAGGUUGAGAACAAGGACGCGCAGGAGACCGUUCAGAAAAUACACAACGCCGUGAUAAGCAAUAUUUCCAAACUUCCGGCAUGGGCAAUCUUCGCAAGUCCGGUGCUCGACAGCAGAUACCAUUGGCUCCCUGCUGCUCGCGAAACACUCAUUACCGAGGUCUAUUUCGUGUUGCUCGCACUGCAUCGCCCUUUCACAUCCACCCUGUCCGCAAGUCGAGUAGAGGCCCACUUGGCCGCGCUGAAAAUGCUCGCGUCGCAAAGCAGGCUGUUUGAACACGCGGGAGCUCUACUUUAUAGAGGCUUCUCUGUGGUCUUCUCUAUAUUUGAUGCCAUGGUUCUGAUAGCAGCUACCUACAUUCGAGCCCCGGAUGACAAUCAACAUCUCCUGGCAGAAUCGGUGAACCGCUUGGAGUGGGGUCUGGCAAGGCUAGAUGCCAUGAGGUCACGGAAUGCCAUGGCAGGCUUCGCUUAUGAUGUUGUACAGGUGCUUUUCCGGAAAAUGCCGGGCCGAUCCUCCUCCCUGGACCCUGCCGCUCUGAGAUAUAAUGAACCGGAAAGCCAUCUCGGAGCUGUGGAGGCGCCGUUCCGGAAUCAAGCUACACAAGCCGGCCCAGAUCUUGGGCAGAUUUCGAACGACGCAGCCCUGCAACAGCCGCUAUACGACUUCGUCGCCCAGGACCUACUUGGGGAGACCUUCCCUGUCGAGUGGCAAGAGAUGACCAUUCCUGAAGUUGGGAUUCACGAGGAGACAUUCCCCGAUAGUAUUUGGCAAUUAAUGGACGAGCUCACGUAG